AUGGGCACUGGGCUCCGAGCUCGCUCAGAGGUCCUCAGACAGGAGACCAGUGCCACCCUGCUGCAUUUGCUUGUGGAGAAUGGUGUUUCCAGGCUAGAUCAAGUCCUCGAGUGCCUGGACUUGAGGGAAUGCAGAGACAGUGUUCUGGAGAUCAUGUCGAAGAACCUGCAGAGCAAAUACAGGGAGAGGCGUCACUUGGCACUCCGAGGAGUCACAGUGGCAAGCAAGAAUCCCUUGACGGCUGACAAAAUGUGGAGCCUGACUGAAAGUCUUGUGGAGCUCCUGCAGGAAAAAGAGAGCGACAUGAUCAGGAUGACCAUUCUUCUACUCAGAUAUUUAUUUCUGGAUAAUGGUGCCCCAAUACCCAGCUCCCUCGCCCUGCAGCUGGCUGAGGCGCUCCUGCCACUCUUUGACCGCGAUGAUAGCCAGGUGCAGCUGAGCUCCAUGACUCUAUUUCAAGAGAUGCUGGAGUUAUUAACGGAAGAUGGAAAAAAGGCCCUGAAGUCACACGUGCUCCAGAGCCUGCUGCCACUCUCCUUCCACUGCCAUGAUGAGAAUCAGAUUGUUGCUGAGGCUUCCCGGGAAACACUGCAUUCUUCAGCCAGAUUCCUGAAGAGGAGGGAUAUUGAACAAAUGCUACAGGUGGAUCAGACAUGGAGGUUUGGCGAGGCCCUGGUAAGGACGACCGAGAAUCCCCAGCCUCAGCCUGGAGAAGGCCCCUGA